GAUAUAUGCCUUCUUCUAACCUUGCCUUCUUGAAGGCUACCGAAGUCAGCUGCCCAGAGAUCUCCUCCUCCCUUGAAUGAUCCUCUCCUGUCUCCCUCGCUGCCCCUCAGGCCCAGAACAUCCCCCACACUUGUGGUACAGCCCUCCUCAAAACCCACCUUUCCCACAAGACCAUGCUACAGGUUAUAGGUGGGUCCCUCUCUGCACAGCAAGAGCCCAGCUUGGAAAGUACUCUAGAAGAGUACUGAGAAGGAUAAUCACAAAUAUUAACGUAUGUGGUUCUCACACCCAUUUCUUAGACGCAAUGGGUGGUAUUCUGUGUCAGGAAGGUGUAUUUCGCUCCCGGAAGCAAUGCUGGUGGCCAAGAUGGGAGGAGAGCUGGUCUGGUGGGAGCAAGCGUCAAUUCCUACCUUUGCUAAGCAGGGUGCAUGCUGGUUUGCAUUUGAUGGGAGACUACAUGUAUGAGCACUGUAAGAUAUCCCCUCAAGGGAUGGGGAUGCUGUGGGAAGAGCAUCAGCCUGCUUGCAUGCAGAAGGUCCCAAGUGCCCUCCCUGGCAACAUCUCCAGAUGGGGCUGAAAGAGAUUCCUGCCCGCAACCCUGGAGAAGCCGCUACCAGUCAGAGUAGAUGAUACUGAGCUAGCCCUAGAUGGGACCAGGGUCUAAGUCAGUAGGAGGCAGCUUCCUAUAUUCCAGACAAUGCUGAGUUAGCUGGACCAAGGCUCUGACUUGGCUGAGGCAGAAGGCUCUUCCAUGAUGUUUGAGGCUAUUUCACAAAGAGGGUUUCAUGAUCUGCUAGCUGCGCAAAGUGACACCGUUUGCUUUCUUAUGUUUAGCAGGGGGAGAGCAACCGGCCCUCUCCAGCCCCAGCACAGCAUCCCUCCAGGGGCAAUUGCUGGCGACUCCCUUUAUGUUCUUGUGAGCCUUAUUGGGACAGGGAACCAUCUUAUUUCUUUUUCUGUGUCAACCACUGUGUGACCUCCUCUUCUUGCAAAGCCAUACACAAAUAGCCGCAAACAACAAAAACCACAAGAGAGUCCUGCACCCAUAGACGUGUCCUCUCCAGUCCCAGAGACCCACCUCACUCAGCCAUUUCAUGUCGAGAUAAAGAGUUCUUGUUUUAAGAAGUUGCCUAGUGCAUUCGCUUGCCUUCAGUGCAGGAUGAGGAAGGGGUGGCGGCAAUCUGGACGGCCCAGAUGGACUCCAUAUGUACUGUAUCACACAGGGGUGUAGCUAUGGGAGAGGGGGCCUGUGCCUACCCCUCUUCCCAGCUUCCCCUCGGAGUGAGGGAGAUAAUGAUGAAAAUAGGGAGCGGUGGAGCUGGGGGGCCUUCAGGAGCUGGGGGGCCCGGGUUCUUGGAACCCAUCUGCUCCAUUAUAGCUAAACCCCUGAUGUUACAUGACGUGUUUAUGAGCACACACUAGCCCUGCCGUCUGCAGGAGGAGAACUAGUCUUGUGGCAGCAGCAAGCAUGAAUUGUCAGCUUUGCUAAGCAGGAUCUGCCCUGGUUGCAUUUGAAUGGGAGACUCCAUGUGUGAGCACUGGAAGAUGGUGCCCUUGAGGGGAUGGGGCCGCUCUGGGAAGAGCACCUUUCUGCUUGCAUGCAGAAGGUUCCAAGUCCCCUCCUUGGCAGCAUCUCCAAGAGAGAGGCUCCUGCCUGCAGCCCUUGGAGAAGCCGCUGCCAGACUGUGCAGACGAUACUGAGGUCGAUGGACCAAAGGUCAGACUCAGUAUAUGGCAGCUUGCUACAUUCCUCUGCAUCCUCUGACGAUCCUGGGACUGGUACAGUCCAUGAAUUCUGCCUGACUAUCUGCUUGCAUGGCAGGGGCCUCUGCGGGGGAAGAUGCUAGGGCCAUCUGUAGCCCUGCCGUGCAGCUCUGAGCCCUAUAACUAGGCUGCAGCCAUGUCUCCGUGCCCAAAAGGUACUCUUUAAUAUUUAGUGAAGUCAAGCAUAGGCGGAACUGGGGGGGCAGGCAGGGCACGUGCCCUAGGCGCCACUGAGGUGGGGGCACCAUGCCAGUUCCUGCCACCCCCACCCCAUUGCCCACCUGCCCAGCCCCAGGGCCCCUCAGCCACUUGCCUCCAGCCUAGGAUCGGAGCAGCCUGCAAACUGCAGAGCAGCUCUUCUCUCCCGGCCUCUCAGCUGAUGGGUGGGCAGCGGGGCUUCCAGAGAGGCCUCCUCCGAGUAGACCUCCCUGAAGCCUGAACUGGGCAGGCCCCAAGAAAGGCAGGAAGGAGGAGGCUGGCAGAGCUCCCUGCAGCAGAGCAGACCAUCCAGCACAGCUUUUGCAAGAAUUCAUUUCCAGCUAAGAGUGCUUAGGGUCACCGUACUCUUAUGAUACUGAAAACUGAAAGAACAAACCGAUCAAGUAAACUUUAAAACUGUUUUGCAAGGUCAAUCUACAUCCAAGGUUUAUUCAUGACAACUUCCGGCUUCAGCCAUUGCAGAGGCCUCUCUCAUUAAACAAUGAAUUAAUGCUUUGAGAUCAUCACAUUUACUAAUUACUGGGAUAAUUUAUCUGAAGUACUUUGUACCCUGUAAUAUGCCAUAACAACAUUAAAUACUAUAGUUUGGUUUUGCAAUUAACAAUAUUCAGUUGUGCAGUAUACGAAUACAAAUAUAUUGCUUUUCAGCAAAAGUUCCCAAAGCAGUUUUCAUAUAAAUCCAUCCAUCCAUCCAUCCAUCCAUGGCUCCCUGUCCCCCAAGGGCUCACAAUCUAAAAAAGAAACAUAAGAUAGACCCCAGCAACAGUCACUGGAGGAAUGUUUUGCUGGGGACGGAUAGGGUCAGUUGCUCAUCCCCUGCUCAAUUAAGAGAAUCACCACUUUUUAAAAGUGUCUCUUUGCUCAGUUAGCAGGGGACUACAAAAAGAACAUUCACUCAUCUAUUUAAUAGAGCACAUGUUGGUAUUUCUCACAACUGUUGCUGAUGAUAAGCAAGUAUCUGAAAAGGGAUUAUUAAACAGAUUAGCUUUCUAAAUCUGCACAUACUAUUGAAUAAACUCCACUGAACACAAUGGGAUAUACUUCUGAGUUAACAUGCCUAGGAUUGUGCCGCAUAGUGUGUGCUUACUUGGAAGUAAGUCCCAUGGAUUUCCAAGGCCCUUACUUCUGAGGAAACAUGCACUGUAGAAUACUCACUGUGCAGAAAAAGUAGAAGGAUCUCAAGAAAGUAGAAAUGCAUUUUGUCCUAUAGUCCCCUCAGCUUCUGAGCUCUGAAGAAGAGCAGCUGGCUAACAGAUCUCUUCUUGCUCCGGAGUGCUGUGAGGUCCCUCUUCUGCCUGACAGUUUCUGUAGGUACAAGAAUGAUAGCUAAAUGAUGCAAACCACCUCUGUCUUGCACAAAACUAGAAGGGCCAUUAGAAGCCUACCUGGUAGGUAGCUUUCCCUUCAAAACACGUGAGACAGAAAAUGGAAUCAUUCCCAAUCCUUAGUGGAAAUAUAUAAAUAAAUAGCUGACAAUUGGUCACUCCGAAACAGAACUGUCCCUCAGUGACACACAAAAGGUGCAAAUACAGAAGUGUAUCCAAAGGAAAAGCACCGAUAAUGAAGAAAAGGGACAGAAAAGCAAGACUUAGAAAUCCAAAAUCCUUCAGCGGCACACAAAACCUCCAAAUACAGUAGGGGGUGAUGAAGAAAAGGAGCAGAGAACCCAAGCCUUGGAUAUCACAACUACCCCAGGUGAAGCAGAGUCACCUGUUCUCUUGCGAUGGCUGGUCUCAGAGAGCAAAACUGUGUGAGGAGUUCUGUGAAAUGCUGGGAGCUGAUUCCUGUUCUGUGUCUGCCUGGGACUGAAGCCUCACUGGCCUUGCUGACACACACACACUCGGCACACCUCUGCACCACCAACCACAGGGAGGUGUUCCUUGACAAGAAACUGGCAUUCAAGAUUUAAAACUCUCCUUUGAAGCUGCAGAUUGACGCAGGGAGCAGACUACUGCUUCUGUAAGCUGCCGCCACUGAUGCUGCUGCUGCUUUCAGUGAUGCUAUUGUUGGCCAAGUAUCUCCUCUUGUCCUCCACAGUGUUACAUGCCCGAUUAUCAGUGCCUUCGACACAGAGGUUUCAAUUUGUGGACCUUGGGGGCAGAACAGAGAUCUCCUGCACUUCCGAAUACAAAAUUGAGCGUGGAGGGUCAUCAUUCGGUUGGUACAAAAGAACAGAGGGUGAAUUAUCUCGUAUCAUCACCAGCUGCAAUGAUGGUAAUACUGCAGGCAGAUUUGUUUGCAAAAGCGACGCUGGAAGACACAAGUUGAUACUGCAAAUCUCCAAUUCUCAAAGUGCUGAUUCUGGCAUAUAUUUCUGUGCUGACGGAUUCUGGAUGUUGUCUUUCAGCAAUGGGACUACUUCACUGAUUGUUGGAGACAGCUACACCCCAAGCACCCAGGUGUUGCUUUUGCUCCCAUCUGCUCAUCCAACAUCUGGGUUUGUACAGAGCGAGCAUCUCGCUUGCAUGGUCCAUGGAGUGUCCAACCUUGUCCAGGUGUCCUGGAACAUCUCUGGAGAGCUCCAGCAAGAGGGACGGACUCGUUUGGCGAGAAGCAGUGGCAGCUCCUUAACCUUCAUCAGUCUCCUUUCCCUUCCCAUGGACUCACGGAUGAAUGAGAAAAGCUACACAUGUGAAGUCAGGUUCAACUCUUCCAACACCACAGUGAGAAGGAGCAUCACCUUCCCUGCAGUUUCCCCUGAAGACCCGAAGGAGAACUGCCUAAUCUACGCAGUACCUGUGGCUUUCCUGGGUGUCUCGGCCUCCCUGCUGCUUCUCCUGAGCUUUCUGUGGAUCCGACUCUGUCCUUCCAGGCCAGAUUAUUCCCAUACACAUAAAGCAGUUGGUACCAUUAAAGAAGAAGUGGUUAGGAAGAAGAAGGCUUGGCGGUGCUAAGACCUGUGUUUGGACCACACACACCCCAUCCUCUGGGACAGGCAGCCUGGAAAUUUAAGCCAUCACACAAAUAACAGGUUUCCCCCCUUUUGUGAAACAGGACGGAAUUUGCUACAGUGAGCUGGAUUUUCCUUCAAGAACUCGGGACGUGGACAGGAAGAGAGCAGCAGCACAAAAGAAACUUUGAACAGUCUGGGAUGAGCUGGUGCUCUUCCGUGAAAAGAGAGGUUAGGGGCUCUGAUCUGGGAAGUGGUGCCUCAGUCCGAAGCAACUCCAUGAGUCGUUCCACGCACAAUGCCACUUCCCAGCCUCAAGUCUUCUAUCUGCCAGAGUGAAAUCUUUUUAGACUUUAGGGCAGGGGAAACCAUUUUGUCUUUCCUCUUGUCAGGUAAACUGCUUCGUCAAACAGCCCCUGCUGACUGGGCCAAGGACGCUUUCUCAAAAUGGCGGCUCUCUUCUCUUCAGCCCAGGAAGGAGAAAUGUCAAUAUGUAGCAUAUGUGGGGAUUCCUCUUGUGUAGUAGCAUGGCUCCUCUCAGUCCAGUUUACAGUCCCUCUCAUGGGGUGUUGCUGGUGUCUCCCUUGGGGUUUUUUUAGACUUUGGGGCAGGGAACCAUUUUGUCUUUCCUCUUGUGAGGUAAACUGCUUGGGGAAUUUCCCCCCUCGAAUUGCAGAGUGGGCAGCUGCUCAUGAAUAAUGAAAGAGAUUUCUCUCUCAGGCAAAGGUCGGCUACGUUAAGCGGCCCCUAAUGAUCGGGCCAAGGGCGCCUUCUCAAAAUGGCAGCUCUCUUGUGUAUGGCAGGGGGAGAGCAACUGUCCCCAUUCAGCCCAGCACAGCUUCCUUCCUGGUGGCUGUUGCUGGUGUCUGCCUUGGGUUUCUUUUUAGACUGUGAGCCCCUUUGGGGCAGGGAACCAUUUUCUCAUCCUUUUUUAAAAUGCUAACCAUUUUGAGACCUAUUUUGUUGCUGAAAAUUAGUAUAUACAUCUUUCUAAUAAUAAAAAGUAAUAAGAGUGA